AGCAAUAAAAAUCAUUUCUGGAUUCGCCGAUACAUGUAAACUUUUUUUUAUAUACAGUAUGUGUGUAGCUCCAAAGUUCAAAUCAAACGAUAACAAAAUUCGCACGGCAAUAGGAAGAAUGUUCCUUCGUGCAAUUGCCCGACAAUCAAACGGUAUCACUGCGAUGGUAGGACAGAGAAAUUUGUGCAGUCAAACUAGCCCCAGACGACUCCAGGGGAAAGUUGCAGUUGUCACGGCCUCCACUGAUGGCAUCGGUUACGCCAUCGCAGAGCGUUUGGGUCAAGAAGGAGCCAAAGUCGUCAUCAGCAGUCGCAAGGAGCAAAAUGUGGCCAAAGCAGUGGACAAACUAACCCAAAGUGGACUAGACGUGGUCGGGGUCAAAUGUCACGUGGCCGAUGCCAGCGACCGGAAGGCACUGUUUGAAAAAGCCGUGGAAAAGUACGGCGGAAUCGACAUUCUGGUUUCAAACGCAGCGGUAAAUCCUGAGGUUGGCGGCGUCCUGGAUGCCAGCGAAGCUGCUUGGGAUAAAAUUUUCGACGUGAACGUCAAGUGUUCGUUUCUGUUAGCGAAGGAAGUGCUUCCGUACAUCCGCCAGAAGAAGAAUGGAAGCAUUAUAUUCGUGAGUUCGAUUGCUGGAUUCCAGCCGUUUGCGUUGCUGGGAGCUUACUCUGUUAGCAAGACGGCGCUUUUUGGUCUGACUAAAGCCGCAAGCCAAGAUUUGGCUGCGGAGGGAAUUCGUGUGAACUGCAUUGCACCGGGUAUUGUGCGAACUAAAUUUGCUGCUGCGCUCCAUGAAUCGGAAACGGCUCGGGAAACUGCUCUGGCACAGAUUCCCAUGGGACGAUUUGCUCAGCCACCAGAAAUUGCUGGUGUUUGUGCCUUUUUAGCAUCCGACGAUGCUAGUUACAUCACGGGUGAAACAAUUGUGGCUUCCGGUGGAAUGCCUUCACGUUUAUAAAUUAAGGUUGUUGGUUUGCUGAAGUGUUAAUUUUUUUAAGGCCAUGGUGUAGGAAAUAAUAAUGAAUAAAUCAAUUACAAAGAAAGAACAAUCGCAAACAA